AUGCAUCGAUUAUUCGGCGACGGACCGGUUAGGUUUCAUUCUCGCGAACAGGAGGAAGGUAUCCGGGCCGUGUUGAGGGCCGAAACUCCCGUGACUAUCGUACUCCCCACGGGUGGUGGGAAAACAUUACUGGCCAUGUUACCGAUCAUGCUUAAAGAGCGCGGGAGUAUGAUUAACUUUGCGCAGGAGAGUGAACGUGGUGGACGGGCCGGCGAGACCGUGAAUUCGCUGAUUCUCGUGACGCAACGAGCCGCCGAGAUUCGCUUACAGCGUCGCCAUCUCUCCGUCGAGGCCGAAGUAAUGGCGAGGUUCAUCCACGGCGCCACGUGCCGUCGAUAUAUCAUGAGCGAGUAUCUCGACGGACCCGUGCUAACGCGAUCAUACUUAGAUGACCCCGAAUGGAUACGCUGUGACCACUAUGACGAAGGCGAGCACGAGAUGCGUUUACGGACGCAACAGGACGAACGGGAGCGGCAGUUCGUAGAAGAGGCACUCGGCGAGAUGACGAUCGGUUAUACUUACUAUUGGCUCGCGAGUCGAGAGCGUGACCGGGCCGUCUACGGGCAUAGGACCCAAGAUUAUCCGUGGACUCAAUGGAACCGUUCCGAC